AUUGGAAACCUGAGCAACUUAAUCAGUUUGUUCCUUCAGGGUAAUAAACUUUCUGGUUUCAUUCCAUCAGAGAUUGGAUUGUUGAGAUCCCUUAAAGAUCUUGAUUUAUCAAAUAACAAUCUCAUUGGUUCGAUUCCGACUUCCAUUGGAAACUUGAGCAACUUAGUCACUUUGUUUGUUCAUUCCAAUAAGCUUAAUGGUUCCAUCCCACAAGAUAUUCAUUUGCUAAGUUCCCUCAGUGUUCUAGCCUUGUCAAAUAACAAUCUCUCUGGCAUCAUUCCUCAUUCUUUAGGAAAAUUAGGCAGCUUAACUGCCUUAUACCUCCGAAAUAACAGUCUUUCAGGUUCAAUUCCUUACUCAAUAGGAAACUUGUCCAAGUUAGAUACUUUAGAUCUUCAUUCUAAUCAACUUUUUGGUUCCAUUCCUCGAGAAGUUGGAUUUUUGAGGUCUCUUUUUGCUCUUGAUUCGUCAAAUAACAAACUCACUGGUUCAAUCCCUACUUCCAUAGGAAACUUGGUCAACUUAACUACUUUGCACAUUUCCAAAAAUCAGCUUUCUGGUUCCAUACCUCAGGAAGUUGGAUGGUUGAAAUCCCUUGAUAAACUUGACUUGUCUGAUAACAAGAUCACUGGUUCAAUCCCUGCUUCCAUAGGGAACUUGGGUAAUUUAACUGUAUUGUAUCUUUCUGAUAACAAAAUCAAUGGCUCAAUUCCUCCUGAAAUGAGACACCUUACACGUUUGAGAUCUUUAGAGUUAUCUGAGAAUCAUUUGACUGGCCAACUACCGCAUGAGAUAUGUCUUGGUGGAGUACUUGAAAAUUUUACAGCUGAAGGAAACCAUCUCACUGGAUCUAUCCCAAAGAGCUUGAGAAACUGCACUAGCUUAUUCAGAGUUAGGCUAGAAAGAAACCAACUUGCAGGAAAUAUAACAGAAGAUUUCGGUAUAUACCCGAAUUUACUUUUUAUUGACCUGAGUUACAACAAAUUGUAUGGUGAGCUUUCACAUAAAUGGGGGCAGUGCAAUAGUCUGACAAGCCUAAAAAUCUCCAAUAACAAUAUUUCUGGUAUGAUACCACAUCAACUUGGGGAGGCAACCAAACUAGAACAACUUGACCUCUCUUCAAAUCAUCUUGUUGGGGAGAUACCAAAAGAAUUGGGUAUGUUGAAGUCACUGUUCAAUUUGGUGAUAGACAACAACAAACUUUCAGGCAACAUUCCUUUGGAAUUUGGAAAUUUGUCCGAUCUCGUACAUCUUAACUUGGCAUCAAACCAUUUAAGUGGCCCAAUUCCCCAACAAGUCCGAAACUUUCGGAAAUUGUUGUCCUUGAAUUUGAGCAAUAAUAAGUUUGGGGAAAGCAUUCCGGCUGAGAUUGGGAAUGUGAUCACUCUUGAGAGUCUUGACCUUUGCCAAAAUAUGUUGACAGGAGAGAUACCACAACAACUUGGAGAAUUACAAAGCUUGGAAACAUUGAAUCUCUCCCAUAACAACCUCUCAGGUACCAUCCCACCCACUUUUGAUGAUUUGCGAGGCCUGACAUCCAUAAAUAUAUCCUACAAUCAGUUGGAAGGUCCGCUACCCAACCUCAAAGCAUUUCGAGAUGCCCCAUUUGAGGCAUUAAGAAAUAACAAAGGUUUGUGUGGUAACAUCACUGGUCUCGAGGCAUGCAACACCGGCAAAAAGAAGGGGAACAAAUUUUUUCUUUUGAUUAUACUCCUUAUUUUGAGCAUUCCAUUGCUUUCAUUUAUUUCUUAUGGAAUUUAUUUUCUUCGUCGAAUGGUAAGGAGUAGAAAAAUCAAUUCUAGAGAAGUAGCAACUCAUCAAGAUCUAUUCGCAAUAUGGGGCCAUGAUGGGGAAAUGUUAUAUGAACACAUCAUUGAGGGGACUGAAGAUUUUAACUCAAAAAAUUGUAUUGGCACCGGAGGAUAUGGAACUGUUUACAAGGCCGAGUUGCCUACAGGUCGAGUUGUUGCUGUGAAAAAACUUCACUCAACACAAGAUGGAGAGAUGGCUGAUCUGAAAGCUUUCAAAAGUGAGAUUCAUGCUUUAGCAGAGAUACGACAUCGCAACAUUGUCAAGCUUUAUGGCUUUUGUUCAUGUUCAGAAAACUCAUUUUUGGUUUAUGAGUUCAUGGAAAAGGGAAGUUUGAGAAACAUUCUAAGCAACAAGGACGAAGCAAUAGAGUUUGAUUGGGUUUUGAGGCUAAAUGUUGUCAAAGGCAUGGCUGAAGCUUUAUCUUAUAUGCACCAUGAUUGCUCCCCUCCUUUAAUUCACCGAGACAUAUCGAGCAACAAUGUUCUGUUAGAUUCAGAAUAUGUAGCUCAUGUAUCCGACUUCGGCACAGCUCGACUUCUGAAGUCAGACUCAUCUAAUUGGACUUCAUUUGCAGGAACUUUUGGUUAUAUUGCUCCAGAACUUGCUUAUGGCCCAAAGGUGGACAAUAAAACAGAUGUUUAUAGCUUUGGAGUGGUAACAUUGGAAACAAUUUUUGGAAAGCAUCCUGGGGAACUCAUCUCAUCGCUCUUUUCAUCAGCGUCCUCGUCAUCCUCAUCACCAUCAACUGUUUAUCAUUUACUGUUGAAUGAAGAGAUAGACCAACGUCUCUCACCUCCUAUGAAUCAAGUGGCUGAGGAAGUAGUGGUUGCAGUGAAGUUAGCACUUGCAUGCUUGCAUGCUAAUCCCCAAUCUCGACCAACCAUGCGACAAGUUUGUCAAGCACUCUCAACACCGUGGCCGCCAUUGUCAAAACCAUUCUCCAUGAUUACUUUGGGCGAACUGCUUGGUCAUGGAGGUGAAACUACUUGAGGGUCUUUACUUCUCCUUGUAUAUAUAUUUGUUGUCAUGCAUUGUGUGCGCCUUGGAUUUUACUUUUCGUUGUCUUUGUAUUAUGUUUUCUUAUUUCAGUCAAGUACGGUUUGCACAAAUACAUUUUGCAACUUGCUUUCUAAAUCAAGUGUUCUUAUGCGAGUAGCUUUGAGCGAAGCUU